AUGGUCCGGCUCCUCUUGUUUUUUUUCCCAGCGAUCUUUUUGGAGAUGUCCCUUCUUCCCAGGGCGCCCGGCAGGAAAGUGUUGCUGGCGGGAGCCUCGUCUCAGCGCUCGGUGGCCAGAAUGGAUGGAGAUGUCAUCAUUGGAGCCCUCUUUUCAGUCCACCACCAGCCUCCCGCGGAGAAGGUGCCGGAGAGAAAGUGUGGAGAGAUCAGGGAGCAGUAUGGCAUCCAGAGAGUGGAGGCCAUGUUCCACACGUUGGAUAAGAUUAACGCGGACCCGGUCCUGCUGCCCAACAUCACUCUGGGCAGUGAGAUCCGGGACUCCUGCUGGCACUCCUCUGUGGCUCUGGAGCAGAGCAUUGAGUUCAUCAGGGACUCUCUGAUUUCCAUUCGAGAUGAAAAGGAUGGGCUCAACCGGUGCCUGCCUGACGGCCAGUCCCUUCCCCUAGGCAGGACUAAGAAGCCCAUUGCGGGCGUGAUCGGCCCGGGCUCCAGCUCCGUAGCCAUUCAAGUGCAGAACCUGCUUCAGCUCUUCGACAUUCCCCAGAUUGCAUAUUCCGCCACAAGCAUCGACCUGAGUGACAAAACUUUAUACAAAUACUUCCUGAGGGUUGUCCCUUCUGACACUUUGCAAGCAAGGGCAAUGCUUGACAUAGUCAAACGUUACAAUUGGACCUAUGUCUCUGCAGUCCACACAGAAGGGAAUUAUGGGGAGAGCGGAAUGGAUGCUUUCAAAGAGCUGGCUGCCCAGGAAGGCCUCUGCAUCGCCCACUCAGACAAAAUCUACAGCAAUGCUGGGGAAAAGAGCUUUGACAGACUCCUGCGCAAGCUUCGGGAGAGGCUUCCCAAAGCCAGAGUGGUCGUCUGCUUCUGCGAAGGCAUGACUGUCCGAGGCCUCCUGAGUGCCAUGCGGCGCCUUGGCGUUGUGGGAGAGUUCUCCCUCAUUGGAAGUGAUGGAUGGGCAGACAGAGAUGAAGUCAUUGAAGGUUAUGAGGUGGAAGCCAACGGGGGAAUCACAAUAAAGCUGCAGUCUCCAGAGGUCAGGUCAUUUGAUGAUUAUUUCCUGAAGCUGAGGCUGGACACUAAUACGAGGAAUCCCUGGUUUCCUGAGUUCUGGCAACAUCGAUUUCAGUGCCGCCUACCAGGACACAUUCUGGAAAAUCCCAACUUUAAAAGAAUCUGCACAGGCAAUGAAAGCUUAGAAGAAAACUAUGUCCAGGACAGUAAGAUGGGGUUUGUCAUCAAUGCCAUCUAUGCCAUGGCCCACGGGCUGCAGAACAUGCACCAUGCCCUCUGCCCGGGCCAUGUGGGCCUCUGUGAUGCUAUGAAGCCCAUCGACGGUAGCAAACUCCUGGAGUUCCUCAUCAAGUCCACGUUCAUCGGUGUGUCUGGAGAGGAAGUGUGGUUUGAUGAGAAAGGGGAUGCUCCUGGAAGGUAUGAUAUCAUGAAUCUGCAGUAUACCGAAGCUAAUCGCUAUGACUACGUACAUGUCGGAACCUGGCACGAAGGCGUGUUGAACAUUGAUGAUUACAAAAUCCAAAUGAACAAGAGUGGGAUGGUACGGUCUGUGUGCAGUGAGCCUUGCUUAAAGGGCCAAAUUAAGGUCAUACGGAAAGGAGAAGUAAGUUGCUGCUGGAUUUGCACAGCCUGCAAAGAGAAUGAAUACGUGCAAGAUGAAUUCACCUGCAAAGCCUGUGACUUGGGGUGGUGGCCCAGUGCAGAUCUAACAGGCUGUGAACCUAUUCCUGUGCGCUAUCUUGAGUGGAGCAACAUAGAAUCCAUCAUAGCCAUCGCCUUUUCCUGCCUGGGCAUACUUGUCACCUUGUUUGUUACCCUUAUCUUUGUGCUGUACCGGGACACACCAGUUGUCAAAUCCUCCAGUCGGGAGCUCUGCUACAUUAUCCUGGCUGGCAUCUUCCUCGGUUACGUGUGCCCUUUUACUCUCAUUGCCAAACCUACCACCACAUCCUGCUACCUCCAGCGCCUUCUGGUUGGCCUCUCCUCUGCCAUGUGCUACUCUGCUUUAGUGACCAAAACCAACCGAAUUGCACGCAUCCUAGCUGGCAGCAAAAAGAAGAUCUGCACCCGGAAACCCAGGUUCAUGAGCGCCUGGGCCCAAGUGAUCAUUGCCUCAAUUCUAAUUAGUGUGCAGCUAACCCUGGUGGUAACCCUCAUCAUCAUGGAGCCCCCCAUGCCCAUUCUGUCCUACCCAAGUAUCAAGGAAGUCUAUCUUAUCUGCAAUACCAGCAACCUGGGUGUGGUGGCCCCUCUGGGCUACAACGGACUCCUCAUCAUGAGCUGUACCUAUUAUGCCUUCAAGACCCGCAACGUGCCCGCCAACUUCAAUGAGGCCAAAUAUAUUGCCUUCACCAUGUAUACCACCUGUAUCAUCUGGCUGGCUUUUGUGCCCAUUUACUUUGGGAGCAACUACAAGAUCAUCACCACCUGCUUUGCAGUGAGCCUCAGUGUAACGGUGGCCCUGGGGUGCAUGUUCACUCCCAAGAUGUACAUCAUUAUUGCGAAGCCCGAGAGGAAUGUCCGCAGUGCCUUCACCACCUCUGAUGUAGUCCGCAUGCAUGUUGGCGAUGGCAAGCUGCCCUGCCGCUCCAACACUUUCCUCAACAUUUUCCGAAGAAAGAAACCAGGGGCAGGGAAUGCCAGUUCUAAUGGCAAGUCUGUGUCAUGGUCUGAACCAGGUGGAAGACAGGUGCCCAAGGGACAGCACAUGUGGCAGCGCCUCUCUGUGCAUGUGAAGACCAAUGAGACGGCCUGCAACCAAACAGCCGUCAUCAAGCCCCUCACUAAAAGUUACCAGGGCUCUGGCAAGAGCCUGACCUUUUCAGAUACCAGCACCAAGACCCUUUACAACGUGGAGGAGGAGGAUGCCCAGCCGGUUGGCUUCAGCCCGCCCAGCAGCCUUUCCACGGUGGUGCACCGACGCGGGCCCUCCGCGGUGAGCACCCCGCCUCUGCCACCCCACCUCACCACAGAGGAGACCCCCCUCUUCCUGGCCGACCCGGCCAUCCCCAAGGGCUUGCCCCCUCCCCUCCAGCAGCCACCGCAGCCGCAGAAAUCCCUGAUGGACCAGCUACAGGGGGCGGUCAACAAUUUCAGCACCGGGAUCCCGGAUUUCAACGCGGUGCUCGCAGUCCCCGGGGGCCCGGGGAACGGGGUGCGCUCGCCGUACGCACCCCCGGCGCCCCCGCAGCACCUGCAGAUGCUCCCGCUGCAGCUGAGCGCCUUCGGGGAGGACUCGGCCUCUCCGCCAGCAGAAGACGAGGAUGAGGACGACAGCGAGAGGUUUAAGCUCCUGCAGGAGUACUUGUACGAGCGGGAAGGGAACACGGAGGAAGACGAGCUGGAAGAGGAAGACGCGGAGCUGCAGGCGGCCGGCAAGCCCGCCCCCGAGGAUUCGCCCGCUCUGACUCCGCCGUCGCCUUUCCGCGACUCGGUGGCCUCCGGCAGCUCGGCGCCCAGCUCCCCCGUGUCCGAGUCGGUGCUCUGCACCCCUCCCAGCGUGACCUACGCCUCCGUCAUUCUGAGGGACUACAAGCAAAGCUCUUCCACCCUGUAGGGCGGAGGCGUCCGCGCGGCGACGCAGGAAAACCGGGGAGCUCCAGCACCCCUGGAGAGGCGCCGAGGGCUGGGAGGAGGAGCUGAGGGAGGAGGGGGAGGUCAGCAGGGGAGGAAGACGCUGCUGCUGCCGUAGGGGAGGCCCGAGGGGACUGUGCUCUGCAAGCAGAAAGUGAUCCAGGGCGAGCAUCCCGAUUCUUGAAUUAUUCAAAAGCCUUCUCUGGGAAGAAAGGGAGUUCUGACAAAGCACAAUCCCAGAUAAUAAACAACUUUCGCCGCAUACAUAAAUAAAUAAUAAAACUGACUAAAUAAUCUCCUCUUUUGGACAUUGUGCAUAGAUUAUACAUGCCCGCACGCACUUGGCCAGCUUGAAAAGACACCAGUGGACCAGCCGGGUUGAAUCAUUAGUUGACAUGGUAUUCGUGGUGUUCAUAGUGAGCGUGGGAGAGCCAGACAGAGCGGGUGGGUGAAGGAGGGGCGCGCACGGAACUGCCCCCCGGACGCAGCUCCUUUUUCUCCAGCCCUUCUGCGUCCUGGGCCCACAGACUCCUGGUCUUCAGGAGCCUGUCUUCACCCAUUGCACCCGACCCAGGGCCGGCCUUGUUGCCACACUGGGGAAAAAGUGUAUGGAUACCCUGCUGCGCUGUGAUUUCUUUCUAUUUAGGAAAACAGGCAUCAGAUCAAAAUCAUCACCAAAAAGUGCUUCAUCAGGAGUGCAGAGGGAGGAAGGGAUGCGAAGCAAGACAGUGCAUACGCAUGAGGCUUUCAGCACAAAUAACAUCCCGUAUUGGAUACUCGCUUCAUGGUGAUUUUGGAGAAAAGGUGAGAACAAGCGAUUGUUUUCAGACUGGCAGAAGAUGUUUCGUGGAGUAUCUUGUGUUUGUGCCAAGGGGGGUCCUCUCUCCCCUUCAAUUAAAGAGAACAAACCAUGUGGCAAAAUUGUUACCUUACAUUUACUGUAGCAAAUAAUACUUACCAGUUGAACUUCUAAGAUACAGUAUGUGUAUUUGGUGCCAUCGUUUAUCCUUUGUACUACAGACACAAACCCAUCUUCCAACUUAAUGGUGUACUCAUAGCAACUAUUACUGGUUCAAUGACAAAUAAUUCUUUCCUGUUGUUAUCAGAGUCCCUGUAACUUGUGAGUAAAUGUGUUCUUGUGUCCUCGUAUACUUGUGAUAAAAUUUGUGCACUGUAAUGUCAAUGUAACUGCAACUAAAAGUUGUCUUUCCAAUAUAGAAUAGAUAUUUUUAUGUUCCAAUGUUUUAUAUAUUGUCACCAAUAUCUGCAAAAGCUCUUUGAAGGUUUGAUGCUGUGGUGCAAUGGUUUUCCUACACUGCUCAGAUGGCCCUCCCUCUUCUAAAAGGGAACCUAUUUUUCAGAUAUUUUAUGAUGUGUAAUAUGUUAUAAUGAAGUGGCUUGAAAAUUUGUUGUGCUAAAAAUUCACAAAAACUGUGAGUUACAAUAAAGAAGUACAUUUUUGUAGAUUUUCAAACAUCAUAAUUAAAACAUAAGAUUGAAGUAUUGAGAUGAUUUCAGGUCAGUUUAGGUUUUUUUUAAAAGAUUUUCUGCAGCGACCUGAGCUUUCAGUGUUUAUAAAGCAUAUGCUAACCUCUCUGUCUGGUCAUAAUUUCUCCAGCUAACUAUUUAUCACUUUUUCCUUUCUUUAAAUUUUUAUUUCCAUAUACUUGUAUUCUCCUAUUUUCACUGUCAUCCCUUUUCUUUACAUUUUUGUUAUGUACUGUAUUAUCCAUGUACGUGUGAUCAGUUUAAUUUUUAUCCUCCUUUUUACACCCAAUAAAAGUGAUUUUUCUUGCCAUUUUGAUUUCUUCUAUUAUUUAUGGAAUGGAUCUUACCCCUUUAAAUAUCUGUUUAUACCUUAUGUGCAGUCAUAUUUUAAUAUGCUUCCUUCAUGUGGAAGCUGAUUUCUCAGCCAAAAAUCAUUUUAGAAUCUUUAAAUACCCGCCUCAUCAUUUUUUUUUU